CUUCAGUCGGAAAAGCCUUCCGAGAUCCAGCUGAAAUGCCGAGUCUUGCUUUUCGUCAUUGAUCAUCUUUCGCGGCUUCCCAUAUUGUGAUACACAACUGCAAAGUCAUCGCGUGACAGUGAACGCUCAGACGCCUUGACUCAAAUAGGCUCUACUAUUCCGGACAACACCUUCUUUCAAGACGCCAUCCCCAGGCGUUCUUACCAUUCAACACCAUGAGCACCAACGCCACAGCAUCCACGUCUUCAAAUACCUCGAUACAGCCAAAUAUCUCUCAGACGUAUCUCGCGGGUGCAACCCGGAGGCUACAUGACAUCAGGACCUUUCAGCUGGAUAGGUUGAGAUCAUGUCGAACAUUGGGAAUGUGGACGGAGCUAGUGGGCGAAAUGAAAGCGGAUCUAGAGAGAGCAAGGGCCAAUCUCGAGAUGGCACGAGAAUUAGCCGAAUCCCAGCUCAAGCCUUCUGAACGGGAACAGGUGCUCAGCAAGAUAGACAUGGCGGACGCAGAACUGGCAGAACUUCGUAUAGCGUACCGCGAGACGCUGCUCUCAUCCAAAACAGCCAUAACAUCCAUGUCGAAAUCUAAGCGACAUGAAUUGAACAGCUCGAGCUCUUUCGAUAAGACCACAACUCGAUCCUCGGGUUUGAAUGAAGGUACCGAGGGAGCGGGAGCGAGUAGAUCCGAAUAUGAUGAGGCCGCCAGAGGCCGUCAGAGGGAUCCCAAGCGGAGUGAUAUGGGGGACGACGCUCUGCAGACCAAGACGAAUGAAGUCACAGAUGCGUUGAGAAGGACGACAAUGCUUAUGCAGGCUGAGCUGGAGAGGAGUGUUCUGGCCGUUCAAACGUUGGACUCGUCUACGCAGACUCUCCGUCUCACCCAAACCCUCUACGAUAAUUACACUUCCCUCCUUACCACUUCUUCUCAAUUGGUCAAAGCUAUCGAAAAGGCAGACUGGUACGAUCGACUCUUGAUCCUAGGUGCAUUCCUAUUCUUCUUGAUGGUUGUCGGAUGGGUCAUCAAACGGCGAGUCUUGGAUAAAGUCGUGGGUGGAGUAGGAUGGUGGGUAGGUGGAAGUUUGAAAUUGGUCAAGAUGGGUACUGGUUUAGGCGGUCGAGCGUCGGCAAGCCAGGUCAAAAAUGUUGGCCAGGCCAAAUUCGAGAAGGUAAAGAGCGCUGUCUCUGCUGCAUCGUCGCUUAGGAGCACAACGCUGUUAAGCGAUGCAGCGUCAAGCGUAUCAAAAGUCUCGGAAUUUAUAGCGACACCGAUAGCCUCUGUGACUGCGAUGGGCGAACAAGCCAUGGCGCGAGAUGAAUUAUAGUGCUCAAUGGAGCGGUCCU